GUACUUAUUAGUAGGUUAGUGUGCAAUUGCGUCAUCCAGCUCCACUGUUGAUUUGUGGUACUCGUUCCUCUCGGCUUUGACAGCAGAAGCGUCAUGGCACUGCGGGCGAUUGUUGGUCAGCUUAAAUCUCCUCUAAGAGACUACCUGAAGAGCCGGAAUGUAGUAUCGAGUCGAGGGUACGCCGCUAUCGCGCAUGCGAGGUCGGUGCUGGAGGGCGAGCUGGAGACGAUCCGCGCUGCCGGGACGUGGAAGGGGGAAAGAGUGAUCACAUCCAGUCAGGGACCGCAUAUCAACGUGGAGGGAAGUCGUGGCGAUAUAUUAAACUUCUGUGCUAAUAACUACCUGGGCCUGUCCAGUCAUCCAGAGGUCAUUCAGGCUGGAAUUGAAGCACUACAGAAAUAUGGAGCUGGGCUGAGCUCAGUCAGGUUCAUUUGUGGGACACAGGAUCUUCAUAAGCAGUUGGAGCAGAAGCUAGCUCAAUUCCAUGAAAGAGAAGACUGCAUCCUGUAUGCAAGCUGCUUUGAUGCCAAUGCUGGCCUCUUUGAGGUUUUGCUGGGCCCGGAUGAUGCUGUGUUAUCUGAUGAACUGAACCAUGCCUCAAUCAUUGAUGGAAUUAGACUGUGUCGGGCACAAAGGUUCCGUUACAAGCACAUGAACCUGGAUAAUUUGGAGGAAAAGCUGAAGGAGUCCCAGUCUUGCCGCCUGAGGCUGGUAGUAACUGAUGGAGUGUUCUCUAUGGAUGGUGAUGUAGCUCCUCUGGUAGGUAUUUGCGAUCUUGCUGAGCAGUAUGGAGCAUUGGUCUUUAUCGAUGAAUGCCAUGCAACUGGAUUUUUGGGGCCUCGUGGCCGUGGUACUGAUGAGCUGCUGGGGGUAAUGGACAGAGUGCACAUAGUGAAUUCUACUCUGGGAAAAGCUCUUGGUGGAGCAGCAGGUGGUUACACAGUGGGACCGAAACCAUUAAUUGACCUACUCCGGCAGCGUUCUCGUCCUUAUCUCUUUUCCAAUUCUCUUCCACCGCCGGUGGUGGGCUCUGCCACUCGUGCAGUGGAAUUACUGCUGGCAUCUAAUGAAAUUGCACAGAGCAUGGCUUCCAAAACCAUGAGGUUUAGAAACAGCAUGACACAGGCAGGGUUCACCAUCGCAGGCACGGCUCAUCCCAUUUGUCCUGUGAUGCUUGGAGAUGCUCGCCUGGCUUCCAUCAUAUCUGAUGACAUGCUUAAACUUGGAGUGUAUGUAAUUGGAUUCUCCUAUCCCGUGGUUCCCAAAGGAAAAGCUCGUAUCCGAGUCCAGAUCUCAGCUGCACACACUGAAUCAGACAUCGAUCGUGCCGUAGAGGCCUUCAUACAGACUGGCCGAAAGCAUGGAGUUAUAUCAUAGAUUUCUACUACAUUCUCUAAAAUAUUAGUAGAACUGGAUCCCUUUACCUGCAUUACUUGACAAGAAAAGUUGGGUAAACUAACUGUUACAAUGAGGGACUUAAUAUUAGUUUGACAAUUCUGCUGAGGGUGAAAACAAGUUUGCACUAAUAAACGCUUUUCUCAAUA